CUAGCUGCCUUGUUUCAAUGACUCUUCUUCUUCUUCCUUCUACAACUUGAUUGCUUACCAGAUUUUUGGCUGUGGGGCUGUACUUGUGCCUCGUGGGGUACCUAUAACUUAAACCAAGAUACACAAAAGUUCACACGCUGUUACACAUUCUCAUCAUGGCUAUUAAGCAGAAAUUCAUACAUUUUUUCUUCACGUUGUUGUUUCUUUCAUCCCAUCUUCUUCUGGUCACCUGUAAGAAUGCUGAUGAUUCUGAAGUUGAGGACGAGAGUCCAUUCACCUAUGAGGAGGGAACUGGGAAAGGACCAAAGAACUGGGGCCACAUUGAUCCACAGUGGCAAGUUUGUGACAAUGGGAAAUUGCAGUCUCCAAUUGAUCUUCUUGACGAGAGGGUGCAGAUCUUCCCUGGUUUAGGGAAACUGAAGCGAGGCUACAAACCAGCUGCUGCUGUACUGAAAAAUAGGGGACAUGAUAUUUCAGUGGAAUGGAGAGGUGAUGCAGGAAAACUAGUUGCAAACGGUACAGACUACAAAGUGCUGCAAUGUCACUGGCAUUCACCUUCUGAACACACCUUGAAUGGGACAAGGCACAAUCUGGAGCUGCAUAUUGUUCACAGAAGCUCUAGUGGAGGCAUAGCUGUGGUUGGAAUUCUAUAUGAAAUUGGCCGCCCUGAUUCUUUCCUCGCGAAGUUGUUGCACCAUAUCAAGAGAGCAGAAGAAGGAGAUGUUAUUGAUUUGGGGGUUGUUAGCCCAGGAGACAUCAAGUUUGGAAGUAGAAAAUACUAUAGAUACAUUGGUUCUCUUACAGUUCCACCAUGUACAGAGGGUGUUCUUUGGACAAUAGUGAAGAAGGUAAGGACAGUCUCAAGGGAGCAAAUCAGAGCAAUCAGAGAUGUUGUGCAUGAUGGAUUUGAAGCAAAUGCAAGGCCUCUGCAACAGGAAAAUGGAAGACAAGUAUAUUUGUAUAGACCCAUAGCUUAAUACAAAUUUGUAUCACGUUUGUCUAAUUAAGCACUGGUAUUAUGUUAAUUUAGGACAGCACUAGACAACCUUGCCAUCAACAUUUCAGAAACUACAUGAUGGUAAAGGGUGUUGUCCUCUUCACAAAUAUGUAAUCUAGUACAAGGACUUUUAUCUUCUCCUGCAAUCUCUUCUUAUGUGAUGGUAGUAU